AUGGAAAAACCGCUUGAUUGGAUCUCCGAAGCAAAGUCUGUGAUAAAAAGCGAAAGACCCCUGCUGAAUCGUAUCGAGAUAUCAUCGUUGACUGCGUCUGACGGUGUAUACUUGAAUAUUGAAACUCUUGAGAGUCAAUUGUUUUGUGUGCUCUUGGAUAGUCGAGGUUUCCGUGUCGUUGCGAAAGCUUUCGACCAAGACACUCACGUUUCUCAGACUUAUUAUGAAACUCAAUUUGCAUUAUUUUCUAAUAUCAGUUUAAACUACAGUAAAAAAUUCAAUGAGUUAGUAGCUGCUAAAUUGCAAGAAGUCUCAGGGUCAUGCGAAGAUAAAGAUAAUUAA